AUGUUGGGCCAAAACAUCUGGAGGUUUACAACCUCUGUGAUCAGUCAGGUCCACUGUGAACACAGCUUGGGGAAGACUCUGCCAUUUCCAGUGGAAAACAAGUGGUGGUUACUGGCCAUGAUGACUAUAUUCUUUGGAUCUGGAUUUGUAGCACCCUUUUUUUUAAUAGCGAGAUACCAACUGCUUAAGAAAUAA